UAUAUAAUUUUUUGGGGGCACAAGAUAUUUACAACACCCCACUAACCCUUCUCUCUCCCUUCCUUAUUAUUACCCUCUCUCGCUCGAAUCACAAACACGUAGUUAUUCCCUUUUUACUCCUCUCCUCUCCUCUCUCCCCCUAAUUUCAAACCCUAGCAGAUCCUCGUCAAGAAUCGGCCAUGAAAGGAGGUAAUUCGAAGUCUGACUCCAGAAACUCCAAGCUCUCUGUGAACAAGAAGCCUACGAAGGCGAGCAAAGCUGCUGCUAAAGAUCCUAACAAACCUAAGAGGCCGGCCAGUGCUUUCUUCGUCUUCAUGGAGGACUUCCGUCAGACUUACAAGAAGGAACACCCCAGCAACAAAUCUGUCGCUGCUGUUGGAAAAGCUGGUGGAGAGAAGUGGAAAUCACUGUCUGACUCUGAGAAAGCUCCCUACGUAGCCAAGGCUGAUAAGCGCAAGGUUGAGUAUGAGAAGACCAUGAAGGCCUACAACAAAAAGCUGGAGGAAGGUCCAAAGGAGGACGAGGAAUCUGACGACAAGUCAGUGUCUGAGGUUAGUGAAGAGGAGGAUGCGGAUGAUAGGAGUGAUGAGGAGGAAGACGAUUGACUGAGAAGUUGAAGUUGGUAGCAUUAUAUAAGGACCUCUGCAAGGAUCUCUCUGAUGCCUUUUUUUUUUUUUUUUUUAAUCUUCUUUUCCCUUGCAAUGUUAACGAGGCUGGUUAAAAUUAAAAUGGGGGGGUUUUCUGCUUUUAUAUUUACUGCUGUUUCUAUUUAGUAAGCUACCACUAUCUCCCACUGACUCUGAUUCUACGGGUAAUGGAAAAAAAUGUUUUAGAUGGUGA